UUUUGCGAUCACUGUUUUGUUUAGUUUUUGUUUUGUUUCUUUUCUUCCGAUUUGCAUUCUUGUUUAUUCAUUCUCCUUGAUUAGAACAAAACAACAAACUUCUCAAAACAUUGGUUCUGCUGUAGAAAUGGGGAGUGAAUCAAUGAGCCACUUGUCUCUCAAAAAGAAACUCAAAUCAAGGUUUUGCAUGGCCGGAUGUUUUCGUACGUCGAAUCACCACCACCACGACGUCCCCGACGACCGGCCUUCCUCUCCAACGAGUCCCUCAGCCGCCACGGAUAAAACUACUCAAAGCCCUCGUGGUGGUGGAAUCAAGACCAAAUCUCCACGACUCAACCGGACGUUGUCCAAGUCGCAAGAAAAGUGUCGGAGUUUUAUCCAUCGGAUGGGUGGUGGAGUAAGCGGCGUUGGUGGCCAUGGGAAGCACGUCCGACGCCAUACUACAGACUUUCAUUAUGAUCCGUCGAGCUAUGCGCUUAACUUUGAUAAAGGAGAUGAGGAUGACAAUAUCGACCGCUUCCCUCUCCGCAACUUCUCGGCUAGGCUGCCUCGUUCGCCGCCUUCUUCGGCUAAGGCCGGGACGGAGUCUUCUUUUACGGUUCAUAACCUUUUGCGGUGAUGAUUGAAUCUUAUGUUUCAGUCUAGCUAAUAAUAAUUUAGCAAUUGUAAAUACUUCAAAACUUCAUUUGCAAAACAAAAAAAAAUUGUUGUUGAUAUAAUAAUAGUUGGAUAGCAUUUUACUACUUGACAUGCGCAUGCCAAAGUUGUUUCAAUUUUCUUGUUCAACAUGUCACAAUGAACCCUUGUUCUUGAAUAGACAAUGUACAUUAUCCUCGAAUGUGUAGGUUCAACAUUUCAUAAUGAACCCUUAUCAAUGAAUUGGAAAGAGAAUGGUACGAUAAAGUUUGCUAAGAC